CCUUUUUAAUCCCCAUCCCAGCACAGCAUCAAACCCUAGCAUCCUCCCUCUAGCCGCCGCCACUACCUCCUCUUCUCCCCACCGUUUUCCUCUCCUCUCUGUAAGCAAACGAAGGAGAAAAACAACCCCCACAGCACCUCCUCCUCCUCGCCAUAGCGCCGCCGCCACGGACGCUCCCUCGCCGAGCCGAAGGUACCGAAAGAUGCGUCUCGUCGUCCUCGUCAUCUCCGUCCAAGGAAUCGAACCGAAACGUCUCCAAUCGCCCGCAAAAUCGCCGAUUCCGUCGUCUUGCUGCCGGCUUCUUCUUCAAAAUCCGGCGCCGUUCGACCUCCCCUAUCCCGUCCGAGCUCACGAACGCGUUCCAGAUGCAUGGUCGCCGGCGGUACUCCGGCGAGCUUCCGGCGCCAACAGCACCACGUCCUGGUUCCCUGCAACAAGGCGCAUCCCCGACGUCAUCUCGCCCGUCCCAGUUCGGCCGUUCCCGUCGUUCCCUUGCUCGACAUGGUCCUCCUCUGCCAUGGAUGUUUAUGUCCCAGAUCUCCGUCCUGGAUGCUUUCAAAAGUUAACGUGUCCUCUGCUUGACACGACCCAAGCCAGCAGCCCAGUGAUGGGCCUCAGCCCAUAG